GCAGAGACUGGAGAGAUCGCCGUUGACGGAUUAUGGGUACUUAGAUACGAGUGAUACAUUUGACUCUUGCUGAACAAUAUGUGCAAACACAUACUGAACGCCCAGGUAUCGAUUCGAUCACCUUGCUGUCGCAAGUGGUUCGAUUGUGCAGAAUGCCAUGCUGAGCAAGAGAAGCACCCCCUCCUUCAAAGCCAUGACAUGACAUUCAUCUGCAAAAAGUGCCGAAAGGCUUUCAGAAAAGACACUAGAGACUGGGAUGAUAGCGACGAAUAUUGUCCAAAUUGCGACAAUCAUUUCGUUCUGGAGGCUGUCACACCAAAAGCGGCAUUGAAGGUGGAGAGUGACGAUGUCAGAAUGGAUUCACGGAUGCUCAAAGACGACCGGACCCGACAAGCCGAUCUACAGACCAUAUUCGACCUUAAAGGCAACGACAGUAGGCUUGGUUGAUCUCUUGCCAGGGCCCUUGAGGUCACGAGACUUCCAAUCAGAGAAGCCUCUCUCAAGCCAAGUACAGUCUAAUCUAGAAAUACAAGACAAACGACUGGGUCUCUGUGUCCAGACUAGCUUACAGGAAGUAGAGGUGGGAUGGCCUCCUGGCGACGAUGGAGAACCACAACACUGACGAUGUUGGGUCCAUGAAUGGUUCUCCAUUGGAUACCAAACUCCAGUCGCUCAUGCAAAGAUUUUCGAUCCACAAUUCAUCCAGUCCAUCAGACAUCUGCGCUUCCCUCGCCCUCAGCCAAAGGUCUCGUUGGUAGCGACGAUGUAGCUGAAGCGCCGGGUCUACCAGGCUUCU